AUGAAGCAGCGAUUCUCAUCUUUGGACGUUAAGGUUAUCACGCAGGAAUUGGCGUCAGAGUGCGUCAACCUCCGGGUAUCCAAUAUCUACGACCUGUCCUCGCGUAUCUUCCUUUUCAAACUAGCCAAGCCAGACCACCGUCGCCAACUCAUCGUUGACUCCGGGUUCCGCACUCAUGUCACGCAAUAUUCACGCACUGCAGCAACCACCCCUUCGCCCUUCGUGACCCGUCUCCGAAAAUACCUGAAAUCCCGUCGGAUUACAGGCAUCUCCCAGAUUGGAACCGAUCGCAUCAUUGAUUUUUCUUUCAGCGAUGGCGCAUAUCACAUCUUUCUCGAGUUCUUUGCCGGUGGUAACAUCAUCUUGACGGACCGCGAGUAUAACAUUCUUGCUUUCUUCCGUCAAGUUCCCGCCGGUGUAGGUCAGGAAGAGAUUAAGGCUGGUCUCAAGUAUACCGUGUCUAACAAGCAGAACUAUGAUGGGGUUCCGGACAUCACAUCGGACCGAGUUCUGCAGACAUUGGAAAAGGCACAGGCACUUUUUGCCCAAGAGGGGAAUGCGCCCAAAAAGUCCAAGAAAAAGGACACUAACGUUUUGCGGAAGGCUUUGUCGCAAGGAUUUCCCGAAUACCCUCCCUUGUUGUUGGACCAUGUCUUUGCGUUGAAGGAAUUCGACACAGCAACACCAUUGGAUCAAGUGCUGGGAAGCCAAGAUCUCAUGCGCACGGUGAAGGAGGUCCUGGAAGAAGCGCAUCGAAUUUCCAAUGCCUUUGAUUCUGGCGCCAGCCAUCCGGGCUACAUUGUUGCGAAAGAAGACACGCGACCUAUCCCUGAAGGAGAGACGUCAGCAAAGGCCCCGGCUUUGCUUUACGAAGAUUUCCACCCAUUCAAGCCUCGACAAUUUGAGGAUAAACCAGGCAUCAAAAUUCUGGAAUUCGAGCGCUUCAAUGCCACAGUCGACGAGUACUUCUCUUCUCUAGAAUCGCAACGACUUGAGUCACGAUUGACAGAGCGUGAGGAGGCGGCCAAAAAGAAGCUUGAAUCCGUCAGGUCUGAGCACAAGAAGCAGAUUGAUGCGCUCAAGAAUGCGCAAGAACUACACAUUCGCAAAGCGGAAGCUAUCCACGAUAAUCUAUACAGAGUGCAGGAGGCAAUGGAUGCCGUCAACGGGCUAGUGGCCCAAGGAAUGGACUGGGGAGAGAUAGCACGCCUAAUAGAGUUGGAACAGGAUCGCGGCAACCCAGUGGCGCAAAUCAUCAAGUUGCCCCUCAAACUGUACGAGAACACUGUCACGCUACUUCUUGGAGAGGUAGGUGACGACGAGGAAGAAGAGGAAUUUUCUAGCAGUGAUGAAUCAGGAUCGGACGCGGAAAAUGAAGCACAGGAAGAGAGAGACCGUGCGGAACGAGAGUCCAAGGUCUUGACUAUUGACAUUGACCUUGGUUUGAGCCCAUGGGCGAAUGCAUCACAGUACUUUGACCAGAAGAAGAUAGCAUCGGAGAAGGCGCAGAGGACAGCGCAGUCUUCUACGAAGGCACUGAAGAGCCACGAGAAGAAGGUGACCACAGAUCUCAAGCGAGGACUGAAGAAAGAGAAGCAAGUCUUGCGCCAGGCUCGGGUGCCGUUCUGGUUCGAAAAAUUCAUCUUCUUCAUCUCUUCAGAAGGCUAUCUUGUCAUAGGUGCACGAGAUGCUAUGCAAAGCGAGUUGCUCUACCGGCGCUAUCUGGCCAAGGGUGAUAUUUUUGUUCACGCUGACUUGGAAGGUGCAACGCCCAUCGUGGUGAAGAACCGCGCUGGUAGCGCGGAUGCACCGAUUCCCCCAAGCACACUAUCCCAAGCUGGUAAUCUUUGCGUCGCGACUUCAACUGCCUGGGAUUCUAAGGCUGUUAUGUCCGCUUGGUGGGCGCAUGCCUACCAGGUAUCGAAAAUUGCUGAGAACGGUAGCGGAAUCAUGCCCACAGGCGUGUUCCAAAUCAAGGGAGAAAAGAACUUUUUGGCCCCAUCGCAGCUGGUGCUUGGAUUUGGCAUUAUGUUCCAAAUCAGCCAGGAGAGUGCUCGCAAGCACAGGCAGUUAUUCGACACUGACUUGCCGCAAGCUGCUAUCACGUCCGCCGGUCAGAAUGACGACUCCGGGCCGAAGGAUACCUCACCUGUGGCGCAAGAUACUCCAGGGCAGACGGAGGCUAUUGAGGAGGUUCCCGAGCAGGCCGCCGAGAACACUGCCGAAGUCACCGCUGGAGAUGCAGAGAAGGAGGAAGAUGAUGCGGUAUCAGAAGAAGAGGGGGAUGAAGAUCGCAAAUCUACCAUUAGAAAUCCUCUUCAACGAGGCGACUCUGAGCUUACACCCUCUCAGGCACCUCAAGAACCAGAUUCUGAGCCUGAGACUGAGCCAGAGGAAGAAACAGCAGACGAUCACCUAGAGGGAGAGGAAGAUGCACCAGCAGCCGAUCAAAAUACAGCGUCCGACCAACAGGAAGAGCCAAAAUUGUCCGCUCGAGAGCGACGCACGUUGCGGCAGGGCAAACCUCUUGAUCGUCCAGGCGAGGGAGAGCCAGCUCAACCACGUAUUCCUCCCACUCGGGGCAAGCGGGCCAAGGAUAAGCGCGCAGCUGCCAAGUAUGCUCAUCAAGAUGAGGAAGAACGCGAGCUUGCUCUUCGGUUAGUGGGUGCCAACAAAGGAAAAGCCGCAAAGGCUGCCAAGGCCGCUGAAGCCAAGGAACAGCGCGAGCGCGAGGCUGAGGCGCAAAGGCAACGACGUCGGGCCCAGCAUGAGCGUGCUGCUGAAGCUGAGCGCAAGCGUCAGGCUCAAUUCACAGAGAAUGGCGCGGAUGAUUACAACGAGGAGACUGCUGCAGCGGAAGCUGCGGAUCUUACUUGGAUUCCAGCCUUGGUUGGUACACCAACUACGGAGGACGAGAUCAUUGCUGCCAUUCCAGUCUGUGCCCCAUGGGCUGCACUUGGUCGCUAUAAAUACAAAGUCAAGCUGCAGCCAGGCACCGUGAAGAAAGGCAAGGCCGUCAAGGAGAUCGUUGGUCGGUGGGUGGCCGAGACCACCACUGGAAAAGUCAAGAAGGAACAUGCCGAAGAUAUUGGGAUCCCCCGUGCCGAUGCGGAGCGUCUUCGCGAGCGGGAAGGUGACCUCAUAAAGGGCUGGAAGGAUACAGAGAUCAUCAACACCAUGGUUGUGGGCAAGGUGCGCAUCAUGACCGCGGGUGUUGGAGGCGGAGGCGGUGAUAAGGGCAAGGGUAAAGGAGGAAAGAGUGGUGGUGGAGGUGGCAGGGGAGGCGGUAAGAGCAAGAAGAAGUGA